AUGUCCACGAGUCCAUUUCCUUAUACCUGCGAGCUUUGUGGGGCGGAAGGUCUUACGGACGAAGGCAUGCGCUCCCAUACAUUAGAAGCUCACGUAGCUGGUAGACCCGAGUGUCCAUUUUGUGACUGUGCAGUACCACAACCGCAACUGGUCGGCCAUGUACAAAAGGCACAUCUCCAUUAUCUCACACCUGAGAGGGAGUUGAUGGCGUUUAUUGAUGAUCAGAGCCCAAGUUUCGAUGAUGAUUCAAAGAUGACAACCACAGACAGUUGCAGCUACAACACGCCAGGCUCGAUAAAUGGUUGGCACAGUCCUGACAAUUCAUCUCAGUACCAUAAUGGAGCCAUAUCCAAGAACAUCAAUUAUUACAAUGGAUACCAAGAGAAGGAAAGUUACAGCCGAAACGAGAAAGACGACGAAAAGUGUUCGCGCUCACCAAAAAAUAUAAAUCUUGUCAAUGGUAUAAAAAAUAUUAAUAUUAGUAAUGGCGUGGUUCCUAAAAAGGCUCAAAGUAGAGAAAAUUGUCACGAGGAGAUGAAUGGCAUUGAUAGAAAAGGUGCGCUUUCCAGUCCAAGUCAUAAUAGUUCUGGUAGUUAUGAAGGAUCACCGAAUAAAAAUAAGUUGUCUAUGGCUAGUGCGGGGCAGGGAUCGCCUCUUAGGUCUCAAUUAGCUUUAAAAUUAAAACCUAAUACACCAAAGAAAAGUGCUCCUACACCCAGUCCUUCAGUGCAGUGUUUACUGUGCGAUUUCAAGUCAACAUGUCCGAGGAAAUUAGAGGAACAUAUAAAUCGUGCACACUUCGAUUUAACAUCGCCUUCUGUAAAUGCUAAUGCUAAUUCAGAGAACCCAACACUGGGUCUGACGAACCCUACGCUGACCCUAGACAACCCUACAUUGGCACUAAGCACGAUGGCAAUGUCUCCAGGGCCACACAGCUCGUCAUACCAGUGCCCCAUUUGCGAGAGGGAAUUCGCUCAUGCAAAUGAAAUUGAAAUUCAUGUGAAUGUUGAACAUCGAGAUAUAUUGAGUCCUCAGAAAUCAGAUCAGGUAGACAAUGCAUCAUGUGAAGAUGUGGUGAUGAUGGAAGAGAGCCCCGUCAGCAACUGUCCAGUCUGCUGUCAACCGCUGCCACUGUCACAACAUGAACUGAUUCAACACAUUGAAGAGCACUUUGAAAGGGGCGAGGAGUGCGAGGCAGCAGCAGGUCUGAGUGCAGCUGAAAGAGAAGCCCAAAGGAAUCGGGAAGAGCAUGAGUUUCAAUUGUUAAGGGCUCAGUAUGGUAUGGAGGAAGAUGAUGACGAGGGCUACACCCACCGAGCGACGAACAGCCUGAAGCGAGCUGUGUACAGCGGAGCACUGUCAGUAGCAGGGUACUAUGAGCGUAGUCUAGGGUUAAGAAGAGCAGCCGCCUCAGGAACUGAUACUGGAUCCUCACGUACCACAGGUCUCCUAGAGAGGAUAGCUCAACUAAAUGCUCAGAACCCAAGUAUAGUGAAGACAUACCUGUGUAGUGCAGUGGACCAUUACGCCAGCACAUACGGUGACAGGGGAUGGGGUUGCGGAUACAGGUAUAAACUCAGCCAAGACCAUGUCGAGCUAUUUUUUGAGAACAUACAGAGUCAAAAUGGACAUAACAAUAAUCCGAACACUCGACAAUUUAAAGCCAGUUUUAAAAAACUGCUGUCUCAUUUAGAACUGGGCUCUAAAUUUACCGGAAAUUGUAUACCCAUAGAGAACAUACCUAUUUUAUCUGGAUCAUCAUCCCUCAACAAAAUUAAUAACUUAUCAAUAGGUUACCGUUUUGAAGAAACCGAGGAGAAAAAUUUAAGUUCUGCAGAAAUUUUAAAAAAUAGAUCAAUAGAACAGAGUUUUGAUAAAUAUCAGACAAAUUGCACUGAACUGAUCGAAAAAAUUGAUUAUAAUCCAACUUCAGAUAUUGUUCCGCAAAUAGUAGGUUACAUUUCUGGUUUUGUAGUCAGUAGCCUUGUUAAGAAAAUUGUCUGUAAAAUAGAUUUAUGGGCUAAAGAAAAAUUAUGGUUCCACAAAUUAAUAGAUAUAAGAGACAUGGGUGGUUUUUGUUAUGCUUCAAACGGCGUGUUUGAGAUAUGCAUGAAAACCGAACGUUUUAUACGCAACUGUCUUCGCAUGAGUGGUGGCAAAUCAAUGCAAAAAAAAAACAUGCAAAUGGUGCUAUCGUCCCUGAUGCGCCACCCGCAGUACGCCGCGCUGCUGAGCUGCACGACGGAGCGCGAGCGGGACUGCGACUGCGUACCCUCCAUCCCGCGCCUGCAGCUGCUGGUCGAGCGGGCUUGGCAGUUGGGGUUCGACACUCAGGGCUCGGAGCAAUUAGGUUCAAAGUUGUACAACACACGCAAGUGGAUCGGCGCUUGCGAAGUCGUCACUGUACUCUCUUCGCUAAGGAUAAGAUGUCAGCUGAUCGACUUCCACAAGCCGACGAGUGCGGAUGGCAGUCACCCUGCGCUUUUCGACUGGGUGCUCAAGUACUUCCAAGAAGACCCCAAUGGUUUCAAGGCACCCCUAUACUUACAGCAUCAAGGUCAUUCAAGAACUAUAAUUGGCUACGAGAAGCACAAAGACGGCAAGGCUACGUUACUUGUGCUAGACCCUUCACAUUCUCCCGCUCAAGUCCGGCAGGUGUCGCUGGGCGGCGCGGCGGCGGGCGGCGCGGCGCUGCGCCUGCUGCGGCGCGGCGCGGGGGCGCUGCGCGCGCGCCAGUACCAGCUGCUCACUGUCAGCGGGACCUUCGCCGACGACGCCGAGCGAGCAAAGUCCUCCAGUCGGUUCGCAUACCAUAAGACAGGUGAAUGGGGCGUGUCCCCGGCUAUACAUACCUGCUUUAUAUUCUUAAUAUUCACGACUUUUACCGCAACGUGGGUCGGCAGACAAAUGUAUGGCUAA